GCGCGUGUGCCCUGGGUUCGUGGGUGUUUGUGCCUGGCCGUGCGAUUUAAUGGAGCGCCUCUGCCUCUUCUGUGCGGCCAGAGCUCGCUUCGCGCACCCACCCCUGCCGAGGAGCCUACUUGCUGCAGCCCAAUGCAUUGUGUAAGACGCGACCUGUUAUGGCCACCACUACUUCCGGGUUCUAGCAUUCUGGUCGGAAUCCACCUCUCCGCCUGUGCAACACACACUUUACACACGCACGGGGACUGCAAGCGGGCAGCAUCGAUCGUGGCUCCUUUAAGACAAACUCAGACAGACAUUUUUUUUUAACCCUCCUCCUCUAAUCUCCCUCCAGUGCAGCAGUUGCAAAGAGGGAGAGAGAGAAAGAGAGAGCAAGCGAGAGAAGAGAGAAACUGAUUAGGAAUUAGGACUGAUUCGAGGGAAGCAAGCGCUAGGGCUUUGUGCAUUUGAAUAUUAACAUUUGAGGUGUUCUGACCAGAAGAAGACAGAGCGGAUGAUCAUUCAUUCACCACGUUGACAACCUCGCCUAUGAUUGACAGCCGGAGUGGCAGAAAGCCAUGAGAUUUGGUAGUUGGGUCUGAGGGGCGCUUUUUUUUUUUUUAACUGAUUUUUGGGGGAGAGAAGAUCUGCUUUUUUUUGCCCCCGCUGCUGUCUUGGAAACGGAGCGCUUUUAUGCUCAGUGACUCGGGCGCUUUGCUUCAGGUCCCGUAGACCGAAGAUCUGGGACCAGCAGCUCACGUUGCUGGAGACGUUAAGGGAUUUUUCAUCGUGCUUUAAAAACAUUUUUUUUUUCCGGGGGAGUUUGCGUAUUUGUUUCUUUUCACACUGGCCUUAAAGAGGAUAUAUUAGAAGUUGAAGUAGGAAGGGAGCCAGGGAGGCCGAUGGCGCAAAGGUACGACGAUCUACCCCAUUACGGGGGCAUGGAUGGAGUAGGCAUCCCCUCCACGAUGUAUGGGGACCCGCAUGCGGCCAGGUCCAUGCAGCCGGUCCACCACCUGAACCACGGGCCUCCUCUGCACUCGCAUCAGUAUCCGCACACAGCUCACACCAACGCCAUGGCCCCCAGCAUGGGUUCCUCCGUCAAUGACGCGUUAAAGAGAGAUAAAGAUGCCAUUUAUGGACACCCCCUCUUCCCUCUCUUAGCACUGAUUUUUGAGAAAUGUGAAUUAGCUACUUGUACCCCCCGUGAGCCAGGGGUGGCGGGCGGGGACGUCUGCUCGUCAGAGUCAUUCAAUGAAGAUAUAGCCGUGUUCGCCAAACAGAUUCGCGCAGAAAAACCUCUAUUUUCUUCUAAUCCAGAACUGGAUAACUUGAUGAUUCAAGCCAUACAAGUAUUAAGGUUUCAUCUGUUGGAAUUAGAGAAGGUACACGAAUUAUGUGACAAUUUCUGCCACCGGUAUAUUAGCUGUUUGAAAGGGAAAAUGCCUAUCGAUUUGGUGAUAGACGAUAGAGAAGGAGGAUCAAAAUCAGACAGUGAGGAUAUAACAAGAUCAGCAAAUCUAACCGACCAGCCCUCUUGGAGCAGAGAUCAUGAUGACACGGCAUCUACCCGCUCAGGAGGAACCCCGGGCCCUUCCAGCGGCGGCCACACAUCGCACAGUGGGGACAACAGCAGUGAGCAAGGUGAUGGCUUGGACAACAGUGUAGCUUCCCCCAGCACAGGUGACGAUGAUGAUCCAGAUAAGGACAAAAAGCGUCACAAAAAGCGUGGCAUCUUUCCCAAAGUAGCCACAAAUAUCAUGAGGGCGUGGCUGUUCCAGCAUCUAACACACCCUUACCCUUCUGAAGAACAGAAAAAGCAAUUGGCACAAGACACAGGACUCACCAUCCUUCAAGUGAACAACUGGUUUUGAGUAGGAAACAUGAUGCAAAAAUGGGGGAGCCCAGACGUACCAUAUUGACACAAAAGAUGUCAGAGAAUCUUCAACUGUGGCAUACUUGAAGACUAAAAAAACAGCAUGCCACUAAGUGGCUUCUGUUUUGCUUUAUCAUAAUAAAAAAUUACACAAAGCUCUUUUGAGAACUUGAAAGCAUUUUUUCUGUAUUGAGCAUCAAGCCCAAGUAACUUACUUCUGGAAAUAAUAAUUUAAAAAAAAAUUUGCAUUAGUAUUUCCCUCUUCAUUCAGCCACAACAUUUAAAAAUGUAUGCCUUCCUUCUUGGAUUUCUUAAAACUUGUCAACACACAUGUACGUGUUUUGUACAGACUAUGAGUCACUGUUGAAGAGAUCUUAUAAAAUGCUGAAGGGCAGGUUGGGUGUAGAUCAGUCAGAAUUAUUGGCAGCAACAUAAUGUAUUGAAAUACACAAUAUGAAAGUGAAAAAAUAUAAACUCAUGCCUAGUUGUUAGCUUGUUAUCGAAACCGUGGCCGAGGCAGCUUUAAGUUUUGAUUGCAAAAUGAGAUAGGAAAAGUUUCGUGUGUUUUAAUGGUUCUUUCAUCCAUGGCUGAACUAAUUUUACACUUCUUUAAUUGACAUAACUGAUAUAUACUACCGGCCUUGGCUAAAAGCAGAUGGGAUUUGUGGGGAGAAGAGACAACAGCGAUAAUUUAAAUGUAAAACAAGAGGACAGAUUUGAUUGAGAGAAAAUUUGGAUUAAGAGAAAUAGCUGCUGUAACUCUUACAUUUGGUCUACUUAUCAGAAUGAAAACACAGAGGAGGAAUCUUAAAAUGGUUGGUAUUUGGACUUAAAGGAAUUCAGAUCUGGGAUGGAAUGUGUAACUUAUUAGAUGAGACAUCAUAGGACAAGUCUCUGCCUCAUAAAUUUUUUGAGAAUUGAGGCACUUAUGUAAAUAACUCGGGUACAAAUAUUUUUACCCAAAAUUAUCUAAAUAUUUGAGGUAACUAUGUUUUUGUAAAAAAUCAACCUCCAUAACUUAAUCGCCAAAAUAUUUCAAUCUAGGAUGUGGUGGUAGACUUCAACGCAUAAUAAGUCUUGAAAUAUUUGCUAUAAAUUGAUGUAUAAACUCUCUUUCUUUGUUCUCUCAUUCCCAAUUAUGAUUUGAUCAAAAAAUGAUAAAUAGUAACAUUUGGGAGCUUUUGUCUUUUUAUCGUUACUAUUGUGGUUUUGAUGAAUAUUUCUGUUCUACCAGCAGUGACAACAUGUUAUUAAUGUGUUGAAUAUUUUAGUCAUGUAUGCAGAAACUGCCUAAAUUUUGAGAUUUAGGUCCUUAAAUAUUUAGGUAGAACUUUAAAGAAAACACAUGUACACACACAAAGUCAAUAUUUGGUUCUGUUGUCUCCUAAAUACACAACUUUAUUUUUUCACAUUGAAAAAGUGUGUGUAGAAUGGUCAAAUAAAACCCCCUUAUGUGUUUUUGUAGUGAAGUUGCAGACCUGGGAAUGCCAGGUGAGGAAACCCUAUGCCUGGGAUUCUGUCUUACCUGCUGGAUGCCUCAGACGCGCCCUCAGCAGAGUUUCAGCCUAGGGUGUAUUGAAUACAUUUUACACUUUGUUUACUGCUUCUCACCCAAACACUUUCCCAUUAAGGCCUAAAGUUAAAUGAUUAUUCCUUUAUGCUCUCAGAGGGCAGUAUGGAUUUUAGGUGCAAAAUAUAUAGUGUAUGUGAAAUAUAGUAAGUAUGUGGGCAGAAAAAUCACACUCUGUCAAUGGGGUGCAUAAAAUUCCGGGAGCAUCCUGACAUCCGAGGUGACACUUCAUAGAACUAACGCAGCUCUGCAGUUCUCCAAUUUAGUACACAUAGCAGAUUUUCCUAGUUACUUCAUUUAUUACAUUCAAACCUGCAAAGCAGUCAGGCAUCACUUCCCAUUUAUUAUUAGUGGAGAAAAAAGGUAUGUUAUCCUCAGAGAUUUAUGCUACUGGCAGGUUAAAAUGUAAACUUACUUUUUAAAAAUAGGAUCACCCUUAUUAUAAUAAACAGAUUCAACUGGUAAAGGUCAGGUUUCUUUCUGAGUUAUGGUAAUAACGUAGCAAAUACUUUUAUAAGUAAUCAAAGAUUCUAUAAAUAUAGGUACCUGCAUAGAUGUAAAUGUUAAAACAUUCACAAAUUAUCCUUUCAACUUCUGUGAUCGAAAAAUCAAUGGGGGGUCAAAGGGUUUCAUAGAAUUGCCCUGCUUUUUCUUCCAACAUAAUUUAAUAAUACAUUUUACAGAUGUUGUUUAAACAUUAGGCACAGAUUGUUUUGUCAAUAAAGCUAAACAGAGGCAUGACACAAAAGCAAGGAAAACAGAUGUAAAGGAAAAAAAACAACAGGGCACCAUGCAAAAAAGCGCUGGGUCAUUUGUUUGCUAUUCAACUACAAAAUGAAAAGUGCAGGUUUUAUAGUGAUUUUGCUCCCCAGGAACCACCUAGGGAUGGAACAACUUUACACACAAAGGUAAUUUUAUGAAGCAGGUGAUUUAACUUUUUCUCUUGAGAAUUUCAGUGUAACCUACAUUUAAGGGAGACUUCCUCACUGAUCAAUAGAGUAACAGGUACAGUGUUUUAAAGAAGAAGCAGAAGGAGAAAUAUAGAGUAGCUCUCCAGCGUGCUUCAGAAUGGGUUGUUGUUCUUCAAGCCACAGUUAAUUGCUAUGCUUUUCACCUGGAGUGUCAAUUCUAAUAAUAUUACCUUUUCAGUCACUUACUCUGGGCUUAGAUUAUCGCAAUCAGUAAUACUCACUAGAUAAAAUACUGUCUAGUUGCUCAUAAGAAAAUAUUGAAAUCAGUCAAAAAAUGUUUAGCUUGCAUAUUGCCUGAGACAGAGCUGGCAAGGUGCCAGACAGGCUGGGUAUUAUUAGGAAAGCUGAGCAAAUAGCUCACAGGGAAAAGAGCUACGAAUUUAGAAACCUUCAGGUAUUGUCAUGUCAGAGAGUCUUAGGAGUUCAACAGACACCACUUUUGUCUUCAGAUUUUAAAAAGUUCCUGCAAACAAUCCUCUUUGAAGAUGACUCUGCAGCUUGUUAAUGUGUUGCUGUAAGUUUUACACUGUAAGUUUACUCAGAGGUUCCCCCACUGUGUUAAACCCCAUCAUUGACGCUGUGAGAGGUGGAAGCCCUUAUGAAGGGGUAGGUGUUGGCCCACUGCUGGUUGGAAAAAGCCGCCACUUCCACCAAGGGACCCUGAGUCCAGGUGAGAAGAGAAACAGGAAGGUGUGGGAUGUAGGCAGGUGGAUUCGAAAGUACAAAUACUGUUUUGUGUAAUUGCUGUUUCUCCUCCAGCCAGCAUUGUAAGAGUUUCUGAGCUUUUUCAGAGUGUGAUGCCUGCAGCUGAGAGUAUUACCACCUGAGAAAGUAUCUCAGGACCACUUAGGGUUGGGGUUCAAGUGAGAGAGUUGGGAGUCUGAUGUAGCCAUCAUGAACCAAUGUUUCUGAGUAUCUAGGAUCCCUUUCAAGGCAGUGGUUGACUGUGAACAAGGUGUGUAGGUCAGCAGGACUUGUGGCAAAUCCUUACUAAGUCAGAUUUGUUGCCUUGGCACAAGUAUGUCAUCAGAGAAAUGGAAAGAACUCCGUGUGUGUCAUGCAGCCUGGCAGAGCAGGACUCGACUCCCGGGUACUUAACAGAGAGCGUGGAGGUGAGGGGCUGAGCGGCAUCACCUCCAUGGCCAAGGAGGAAGAACCUGGCACCCAUAGGUGGCUGAGGAACAGAUUCCCCUAUAGGCAUCAUGACAGUAAACAGUUUACACAGGGCGAGUAAGGAGGGGAACUAUGUGGGGAAUGAACAUUUCAAAUCAAAAUAUUUCACCUGUUGGCCGCACCCCUCACUAGUUAGAUGUGUGUCCUUGUUCAAGUCACUCGAUCUCCACUGGCCACAGCUUCCUCUGCUUUAAUGGGCCAGUAGGACUAAUGAGUGAGACUGUAAGCCUCUUCCAGCUCCAGUUUUCUAGACUGUAUAAUAACGUAAACCAAAGAAAAAGUGAGGCUUCUGAAACUGAUGCUGAUUCCAGCUUUCUACAAAGAGUGGGGGGAAAACCCAGGUCCUUUGAUAAAGACACAAACAGGAAAAUUAAUUAAAAAGUUAUUUUCUUCAUCUUAAAUAAGCAAAUCAAGCACUGUAAAAUAAAAACUUAGAUGAAAUGAAACAUUAUUGCAAGACAUGAAAAACGUGUGUGCUGUCAUUUUAGGAUUCAUAAUAAAGAUAAAUCAGUUGUUCGUAGCAGUGUGCUAUGAGUCUAUGAAGGGCAUGACAGAUAAUAGGCUUGAAAUUUCUGAAGUUAUUGUACAGCAAAAUUUGUUUUUUCCUCAGGCGUUCAAUCUUUUUUCUCCAGUAAUUUUGUACAUGACAAACUUUUUAGUGGAUGCAUUAAUAAUCUAUAAGUAAUGGGUUGUCAGGUGUCAGUUAGAUAAGAUUAAAAGACUGCUUAAGCAUUAUCCAUUUGUUUCUUUGCAUGAGUUUUAUAGGUCAGGAGAAAGAACUUUUUGGAUUGUGGUUGUAUGCGCGUACUGUCUCCCCCCCGCCCCCCACCCAGCACUUUGUCAUUUGGCUCUACUCCCAGCGCACAUGGAAGAUUACAUCAAUGCCCCUAUAGGAGCAGAUUUGAAAUUCGCACUGUGUGAAUCAAGGGGACAAAUUUCUCUGUCUUCUGUAAACUUAUUUUAGUUUUUUUUUAAACGCUACCCUUUUUCUUCUCAAAGGAAACUUUGUAAGGGGAAACAGCCUCAGCUGAGAGGGACAUUGACACUGUGUAGGCAUUAGGAGUUUCCUAGUGAGUCAGGUUUUGGUCUAUUCUUGUCAAAUCUGUCUUAAGUAUGUUUACAUAUAGUUUGCCUUUCUGGUAUUUUCUGCUUGCACAGACCUGAUCUCCACCUAUUUUGUGUCAACAGUUGCUGAGGCUGGUGUUCGAUGAUUAACCAUUGAGCACCAGAGCUUGGCUCUGUGCCCGCAGAGACCCCUUCUCUCCUCUCUCUUAUGUCAUCAUCUUGCUGCAGGCUGCGCCUGCAUAAAACAAACAGCAUUUCUGAGUGGUUAAAAAUCCGCCUGAAAUAUUAAAAAAUGGGGCAAAUGUUGCCUCCUUGUUGAAUAAAACAAUUUUCUCAAAAAUGGAUUGGAGCCAGGGCCUCGGAGGAAGGAAGCGUUGAGGCAAACGCUGCCAUGGAUCUGGUCUGUGGGGCUGCAGUGUGUGAAUGUCUAGAGCUUUGUGGAGGGUUUUCUUUUGCUUCUUGUUUUAAUUUUUUAAGGGAAAAGAGAACAUUAAAAACAAAGCAAAAGUAUUAAAACCCUCAAACAACACGGAUGCUUGUAACUUUGCAAAUAUAGGGUUCUCCUGUUCAUGCCUUCAUUGCCGUCGGUAUUUUCUUCUCUAUUUCUGUUCUUAGGAGGCUUUUAAGCCUGACCCAUUAAUAUGGGACAUAAUGAACUUUAUCCGGCUCUUGACACCUGAACAAUAACAAAUAAACAAAAAACCUUAAUUUGUUCCCAUCCUUGAGGGUUCCCUUUUCCUUUUUACCCUCUUAACCAAGGUGGCUAAAGGACCUAAUGCCUCACAAGAUUAGAUCCCAUCACUGAAGGGAAAAAAUAUUUCCUUCUCAAGCUCAUUAACUCUUCCAGGCCUGUGGGGAUUAUUGGUCUUGGGUUCUAAAUCUAAUUUAGCUUAAAAAAAUGAAUUUCCUGUCGUUGGAGAGAUCUGGUUUAAUAUUGAUAAAGUCAUUAUUUUUCAAGAAUUGUAUAUUGCUUAUGGAUGGAAGUUAACUGCACCAUGAUUUGAAAUAUAUAUAUUUAAGUUUACAGUAUUUUCUACUCUGGCAUGCUGAUUUGAAUGUAAAUCAGUAGUUUUGAGAAUUGUCCAGUUGAAAGCUUUUGUUGGCCUAUAUCCCUAGAACAUUUGUUAUGGUUGACUUUAUUUGAUCCCUAGUUUGGGUCAGAGUUCAUAUAUAUGUGAAAAGGGCAGGGGGCAGAAUAUGUUGAAAAAGCCGAUGGAAAGAAUUGUACAUGUCCAAAGAUGUCAGAUCUCAGCCCCCACGGCUUAUCACCUGGCAGUACUAUUUACAGACAGGGAAGUACAAUAGGUUUUGGCAAGGACUCCCAUCAUCAGAGCCAAGUGGGGGCUGAAAGGGACUGGGGUCCAGAAAAGGCGUAUCAGAAUUCUUCUGAGUGAUUGUAGUAUUAAAAAGCUGAUUGAGAAUUAACUUUGGAUUUGAGACAUGCUGUCUCUUUGGAAAUUGCAAAUAAGAAAGAGAUGUGAGAUUUUGAAUUUUAUCAAAAGGGAGCAUGGAUUAAAAUUUUAGGAACACCUUGCUGCAGAAUGGAGGAGCAAGUCCUGGGUGGGAAUUAUGCAUUAUUUGACAGAUGAGGUUCAGAGCCUUCCAGUGUUAUGCUGCUAAUUAGAGGCAAGAAUGGGUUGAUUCCUAGUCCAGUGCUUCUUUCAUUGCACCAUUAAUUAUUUAUUUUUAACAGCUUUAUUGAGAUAUAAUUCACCC